AUUGUUCGCCGGCUUUCUCUCACAAAGCACUACGAAGCGCGCGCGAUCGAACAAACGAAAAAACAUCGCCAUGUGACAACAAAAAUGAAAACAGUGAUUGAAAGUGUGUGAAAGUGCGACAGUGUUUGUGUGAUGCCAUUCGUGCAGCGUUUGGUCGAGCCCAAAUUUUUGAGCAGGACUCAACUGUUUGACGACCAUGGAAAUCCGAAAAUCGGGGAUUUUGAGCUGGAGGCCGUUACCAAUAACACCCUGUGUAACGCGCUCAGACAGCUCGCCUCGCUGGUGUUGGCGGCGAAUGAUAUUUUCGAGGAGUUGGGGGGCCACUUGGAGGAUAUCAAGAAGAGAUCGGAGGUGCUCAAGGUCAAGAUUGGGGUUGUUGAAGGCAGAGUGGCGCAGUUCGAUCCCAAAGAAGUUACAGUCCUGUUGGGAAGCUAAAAAAUAACCAGAAGAAGAUGAAGAGGACAGUCGAGAACAACAUGGAUUGACUUUAUUUGAAAUAUUUUGAGUAAAAAGGGAU